AUGUCAUUAAUUCAGAAACUGAAGGUAGACCAUCUUAUAUUUGGUGAAAUUGCUGAAAUGGCAUUAUCAAGAGUCUUGAGAGAGGGUGACGGUAGUAGCAGAAUAGACGUUGUGUUUGACGUGUAUAGGGACCUGCCAAUUAAAUCAGUGGAGAGAGAGUUGAGAAGUGAAGAUUUCAUCACAUUUAAAAAUGUUUCAAGUGGCCAGAAGGUUAAGCAAUUAUUCAGAAGCUUUUUGCAGAAUAGUCAAAAUAAAACCAGCCUAAUAAAAUUUAUCGUUGAUCACUGGAGUAAGCUGUCUUGCCAAUCAAAGCUGCAACACAAGACACUUUAUGUUACAUGCGGGAAGCAUUGCUACAAGCUAACAACAAAGAGCGCACAAGAAGAAGAGGAGCUGCAAUCAGAUCAAGAGGAAACCGACACCUGCCUCCUCCUUCAUGCGAGACAUGUGACAAAAGAACCAUUCAAUGCCAUAGUCAUCUCAUCUGAGGACACUGACGUACACAUUCUCUGUCUUGGUUUUUCAAAAUGACAUGAAAGUGCGGCUUUUCCAACGUUGCGUUUCACAGCAAAUGGCCAGAUAUAUAGACAUCACAAAAAUCGUUUGUGCCAUAGGUCUUCAAGUAUGCAAGGCUUUGCUUGGGCUGCAUGCCUUUACAGGCUGUGAACUCAGUUAGCUCAUUUGCAGGCAUUGGCAAAGUAAAGCCACUGAAGAUUCUUUGAAAGAACAAUGAAUUCCAGGAAGUGUUUGCAAGACUUAGAGAGGAGUGGUCAGUAACUGAAGAGUUCUUUGGGAAGUUGGAAGCCUUUGUCUGGGCUCUCUAUGGUGCCAAAAAAGGUACAUCUGAUGUAAAUGAGCUUUGCUAUGCUCUUUUCUGUGCCAAGAAAGGUGAGGCGCGAUUGCAACAGCUACCGCUGUGCAGGGAAUGCUUAAAAAAGCACUGCCAAAGAGCUAAUUACCAAGCUGCAGUUUGGAAGAACUCUCUUCACAAUAAUGAAGUGCCAUCUCCGGUGGGCAAAGGCUGGUUUCUCGAAAGACUUGAAACCGACUGGAUGAAUGGCUUCCCUGCACCAAGAGCAGUGAUCGAGCUAAACGCAUGCACUUGCAAGAAGUCUUGUGAUGGAACCACAUGUGAUUGCAUCCUUAAUGGCCUAAAGUGCUUAGACCUCUCUAGGCGAACAACGUGCUCCAACCAGUAA